AUGGAAAUCAGAGAAUCUGGACUGAAGCCUCACGCUGACAACUGUAAACUCUGUUCAGAGACGCCCUCAACGCCUGUGUGUGGAUCAGACGGACACAACUACGCCUCACAGUGUAAGCUGGAGCAGCAGGCAUGUUUGUCGGGGAAGGAUCUGUCCGUUCUGUGUUCUGGUUCGUGUCCUUGUAUCAGUCCUGGACCUCCUAAAGCAGAACCCAAGAUCACGACGAAUCCAGAGACGUCACCCGAACCCAAACCAGAGCUCUGCACCGGUCAGGAUUUGGCAGAUUUGGGCGACAGACUCCGAGACUGGUUUCAGCUUCUCCACGGAAAUGCAAAACAGAACAACUCUGGAAGACAAAGCACAGCGUCAGUGUUUGACCGGGGGCUCGUGGCCGGCUGUAAGGACUCCAUCGGCUGGAUGUUCUCCAGGCUGGACACCAGUAACGACCUGUUCCUGGAUCAGUCCGAGCUGGCCGCCGUAAACCUGGAGAAGUAUGAAGUGUGCAUCAGGCCCUUCUUCAACUCGUGCGACUCGUACCGCGACGGGAAGGUUUCCACGGCAGAGUGGUGCCUGUGCUUCUGGAGAGAGAAACCUCCAUGUUUGGCUGAAAUCGAGAGGAUUCAGAUGCAAGAGCCGUCUAAGAGGAAACCGGGCAUGUACAUCCCCAGUUGCGAUGAGGACGGUUAUUACCGGAAGCUGCAGUGUGACCGCAGCCGUGGCCAGUGUUGGUGUGUCGACCCUCACGGAGCCGAGGCCCCGGGGUCCCGGAUCCACGGAAACCCUGACUGCGACGAGCUGCUGAGCUCCGGAGACUUCAGCAGCGGUGUCGGCUGGGAGGACGAGGAGGAGAAAGACGUGGAUGAGAACGCAGAGGAAGAGGAGGAGGAGGAGGAAGAGGAGUCUGACGACGGCGGAUACAUCUGGUAAAACAGCAUCAGCGUCUGCGGUCCGGUGCACCGAAAAACCACCGGAUUUACUUCUGCUUCCUGAAGCCUUCCACCAGCGCUUGAGUUUGCAUUUCAGUGUUUUUCAUUUCUGUCAUCGCUUUAACGGAUGCAAGAUUCAGAUGCAAGAAAGACUCAAACUCUGCGACACGGCAAACACGAGAGCCUGGAGUUUGAUGCAUCAUCAUUAACAGGGUAUUACGGUUUAUUUGAGGGGAUUUAUGCAACAGAACUUGGUUUCUAAACCUCUGGAGAUCAGGUUUACACUCACUGUACAGACCUUCAUCUGUGUGAACGCAACUAUAAUCAUGAGUUUCAGCUUCUGUCUCUCUAAAAAUCAUGUUUUUAUGCUCUUAUGCACUAAAAAUGAUAAACAUAAUGCAUAUUCCCUACAUUAAGGCUGGUUACUGACAUUUCAGAUAUGCUCAUAUGCACAUUUAUGAUGUUUGCUCUCUGGAGCAGCUAAAAAAGUCAAAAAAUUAAUUC